UGUCCGUCACAGCGACUUCCGCAGACGGAUUGGCUUUUGUUGUGUAGUGACCGAAAGGGCGUGCGUUCAGUGCGCGAGCGCUUCAAACCGCACUCGGCAGGGUAAAAAGGGAGUGUUGGCGCAUAAAGCGAAGCCAACCAUCCGUAAGAUUCGUACCUGAAGUUUCCUUUCCACAAAAGGUUUCAAAACCACGCUCAGAAUGAGUUGCACGGAGCAGGGCGACGCUGGGAAGUUUCUAGAGAGGUUUCUGGACGAGUUUCCAGACCCGCUUGGCUCAGAGGACCCGCUUCCCGUCAGUCCACUUAGCCGCAAAGUCACUAUGCAGGAGGUGAAGGGAGAGAGUCUGGAUCUGGGCCUGCGACUGCUCUCAGCCAGAAAAGCCCCAUCCUGGCUGGGUGCGGAGAUAUGCAAUGCUGCUGUCACUGAAUUGCUUAAAGAUGACCUUUCUCCUCACCACUGCCCCAAAGAUCCUGAACAGCAACCGGAGGAUGAACAGGAAGUCGUUUUGUUACAGUCUGAGCCAUUGCAGCGCCUCUUUAUUAAUAAAUUGAGAGAGGUGUGUUUGGCCUGGCAGAAACAGCUGCCCAGUCCUGGGUCCUCAUCAUCUCGGACACACAGCUGCUCCGUGCACGCCAUUCGAAACACUCGCAGGAAGAUGGAGGACCGUCACAUCAUCCUGAGAGAGUUCAACCAGCUACUGGGACUGGAGGAUGGUGUAGAUCGAGAGUAUUACGCUGUGUUUGAUGGACAUGGAGGGGUGGACGCUGCCACAUACUCUGCCACUCACCUGCAUGUCAUACUGAGCCAGCAGGAGGCGCUAAAGAGCGAUGCUGCCACAGCCUUCAAAAGCACCUUCACACAAACAGAUGACAUGUUCAAAGUCAAAGCUAAGAGAGAGCGUCUGCGCAGCGGCAGCACUGGUGUGGCAGUCUUACUGACCUCCGAUCGCCUGACCGUCUCCUGGCUGGGUGACUCUCAAGCUAUGCUGGUUCGACAGGGAGAGCCGGUGACCCUGAUGGACCCACACAAACCUGAGAGAGAGGAUGAGAAGAAAAGAAUCGAGGAUCUGGGUGGAUGCAUCGCUUUCAUGGGUUGCUGGCGGGUAAAUGGGACCUACGCCGUUUCUAGAGCAAUAGGUGAUUUUGAUCAGAAGCCGUACGUCUCUAACGAAGCUGAUUGCUCCUCGAUACAUCUGAAUGGAGAUGAAGAUUACAUUCUGCUCGCUUGUGACGGCUUCUUUGACGUGGUUCGGUCUGGGGACGUCCCGGGGCUAGUCCUGGAGGCUCUGAGGGAGACCGGGGGCCCGGGGGACGAUGUGGCCCAGUCUCUGGUGGCCCAUGCGAAAGCUGCUGGAUCCAGUGAUAACAUCACAGUUCUCCUGGUGUUCCUCAAGGAUCCGCAGCAACUUCUGACCUCCGAGAUGAGCUCCAGAGGUCCUGGCGGAGCUACGGCUGCAGGGAUGUGAAAGAAUACUCAAUUAUAGAAGCAAAUCAGAAGACCGGUAGCAACCCAUGGUCUUUUUCAGCAUCUGGAAUGAUAGUUUUAAAGAGUUGUUGCAAUUGAAAAGUAUAUGCGAUUGCUGAGGUCAUCCAAAACGAGUCCAGUCAUGCGUUCGGAAGAAAGCAUCGAACGCAGGUAAAAGGCGUUUCCUCGCUUUUUUUUCCAUGAAUGUCUGAUGCCUGGUCAUUUAACUCUUUCCGUUGCUGCAUUUGAACUUGCCUUCAUUUUUAAACAUGUUUCCAUUUUUAACCAUUUGCCUUGUUUUUACCAGCUUAUAUUUACAUUUACUGGUGCUUGAAGGUAUAGUACACCUAAAAAUAAUUCUGUCAUCAAUUAGUCACCCUCGUGUCAUUCCACAUGGAACUUAAAGGAAGAUAUUUUGUUGGUAGAGGAAUGUACAAUAUUUCCAUUGAAUGGACAAAAUAGUGCAACGGAAGUCAAUAAGAACCAAAUGGGUUUAAAUGUACAGUUCACCCAAAAAUAAAAACUCAUUUACUUGCAUCACCCUCAGGUAGUUCCAAAUCUGUAUGAACACAAAGGAAGAUGUUUUGGGGAAAUAUGUUUUAGUUUAGGCUGUUUUAGUCACCAUUGACUUCCAUACUAUGGGGAAAAAAAAUACUAUGGAAGUCAUUGGUGACCUAAAACAGCCCGAUCACAAACUUUCUUCAAAAUAUCUUCCUUUGUGUUCGGCAGAACAAAAACAUUCAUACAGAUUUAGAACAUACAGAUUUUUGGGAGAACUAUUUCUUUAAUUAACAACACGCUUCAAAACAUGCUUCACAUUUAACAGAAAACAAGAAAUGCAUGCAGGUUUGAAACAACACAAGGGUGAGGAAUUAAUGACAGAAUGUGCUUUUUUUUGGAUGGGCUAUUUCUUUAAUAUCUCAUAAACGAUGUAAUACCUUAGAGAUGCACGUAAGCAAACGUGAUCAUUUUUUCGGAGCAUAUUUUGAUGGUUGCGCUCUCUAUUUGAUACGACUGUUACAGUGGAGAGAAAAUCGAUGUGAAUAGUCUUAACACAUACAGUAUUGCGUGGCAUUUCAGACCACACCGACUUCGAUAAUGGAAUAAUAACUGACCAUAAGGCCUUCAGCUCAACAGACGUACUAAUCCAGUGUUGUAGGUGGUUAGUAUUUUCAAGACUGUUAUUUAUUUGACAAAUAAGUAUUUAUGGCUCUACUGUACUGUGUAAACGCGUUCUUUUAUGUGCCAAAACUGUAUUUACAAGUCUGACUUUGCCAAGAUCACCUUUCUGUUGCUCACGGCUUUUCACAAAGCAGUUUCCCGAAAUAUACAGUAAACCUUUA